ACAACAUGUAACGGAAGAUUAACGGCAAGGUUUAGUCAAUAAAUGGACCUUGAAGUUACAACGUGGAAUUUUUAAAAGGGAGGAUGCAGCGUGGAAAAGUGAACUCCUUAGUAUUAGAAUUUCAAAAAAAAAAAAAAAAAAAAAAAAAAAAAAAGACUUGGUUUUUUUCGAGUGGUUCUGUAUAAAACAUAUAGCUUCAGCAAAAUUCUGCUAAAUCAAAUCAUUUUGUAUUGAAUUGUAUUUUCCUCUCUUUAUUCACUGGGUGUGAUGAAUUUUAUCUGUUUAUCUAACAAUUGUAAAUAAUUGUGAUACCGAAUUGAAUCAAAAUUUCUAGUCACGUGAUAACAUAAUCUUCAAUGAACCAAUCUCUAAGCUUACUAAGGAGAGAACAGUUGAGAAUUUCAAAGUUUUUGAGGGAAUGUUCAAAGAAUUUGUGUCUCGAACAAGGGAAGCAGGCUCAUACAGCUGUAGUGAAAAUGGGUUUUUGGUCUGAUAUGAUUAUAAGCAAUGAUCUUGUAGAUAUGUACUGUAAAUGCCGAAGUGUCGACAAUGCAUAUAAGGUGUUUGAUAAAAUGCUUCAAAGAAAUGUUGUUUCUUGGACAGCUCUUAUAUGUGGAAUUUUGCAUCAGGGUGAUAAUGCUGAAGGUGCAUUGUCCCUUUUAUAUGAGAUGACUUUUUCUGAUGUUAGACCAAAUGAAUACACUUUCUCUGCCUGUUUUAAGGCAUGUAGUCGUUUAGGUAUCCCUGAAAAAGGAAUGCAAGUUCAUGGGUUUUGCGCGAAAGCUGGGUAUCAAUGGUUUCCUGUUGUGGGUAAUUCUGUUGUUGAUAUGUAUGCAAAGUGUGCAAGAAUUAGUGAUGCAGUUCAAGCUUUUGAUGAGAUGGGUGUGAAGAGUCUCAUUGCUUGGAAUACUAUUAUAGCAGGGUAUAGUUCUCAAGGCGACGGCAAGAGUUCUGUUAAAUUGUUUCAGAAGAUGCAGAAAGAGGGCAUGUUUCCUGACGAGUUCACUUUUACGUCUGUCCUCAAAGCUUGUGGCGUUAUUGGGGUGAUUUUCGGUGGUACUCAAAUCCAUGCUGCCUUGAUCACAAGAGGAUUUCCUAUUUUCGCCCAGACAGCUCUUGUAGGUGCACUUAUUGACUUGUAUGUAAGGUGUGGGUGCUUGGUUGAGGCCCGGAAGCUAUUUGAUCUCAUUGAAAAUAGAAGUGUUGUUUCCUGGGCUUCUCUGGUUUUGGGUUAUGCACAAGAGGGCUAUUUUUUGGAGGCUAUAGAUGUGUUUAGACAACUUAGAGAGAGCAACAUACAAAUAGAUUCAUAUACUCUGUCAGGUUUAAUUGGAGUCUUUGCUGAUUUUGCUUUCGUGGAGCAAGGGAAGCAGCUUCAUGCUUAUAUUAUUAAGGUACCCUCUGGUUUAGAACCUGAAGUUGGUAACUCAAUUGCUGACUUGUAUCACAAAUGCGGUUUGAUGGAAGAAGCGGAGAGAUUUUACUGUGAAAUGCCUGUGAAAAAUAGAGUUUCGUAUACAGUUAUGAUCACUGGCUAUGGGAAAUAUGGUCUAGGGAAAGAAGCAGUAAUUCUCUUCAAUAAAAUGCUGUCAGAAAAUGUAAGGCCUGAUAGGGUAACUUACUUGGCUAUCCUAUCAGCUUGUAGCCAUUCAGGGCUGGUGAAAGAAUGUGAAGAAUACUUUUCUAUGCUGUGCAAUGAUCGUUGGAUUAAGGCAGAGGUGGAGCACUAUUCUUGCAUGGUUGAUCUCCUAGGUCGAGCUGGGCAGCUUUCUGAAGCUAGAAAUCUCAUAAAAAGUAUGCCAAUGAAACCAAAUAUAGGUGUGUGGCAGACAUUGUUGAGUGCUUGUAAAGUUUUUGGGGACUUGGAACUCGGAAAAGAAAUAGGAAAGGUCAUCUUGGAGUUGGACGGAGAUAAUCCAGUCAAUUAUAUUUUGAUGUCAAACCUUUAUGCUAAUGCUGGCUACUGGAAGGAGUGUCAGCAGCUUAGAGAAACAGUAAGGAAGAAGGGGUUAAGGAAAGAGGCAGGCCAGAGCUGGGUUGAGAUAGACAAAAAGGUCCAUUUCUUCUAUGGAGGAGAUGAUACACAUCCACUCACUGAUAAAAUCCACGAUUUGUUGAAAGAAUUGGAGAGGAGAUUGAAACAAGAGUUGGGUUAUUCUCAAGAAAUAAGAUUUGCAUUGCAUGACGUUGAAGAAGAGUCUAAGGUGGAAAAUUUGAGACUCCACAGCGAGAAGCUGGCAAUUGGACUGGCACUAUUGUGUGGUGGAAAGGAAGAAAACACAAAAGUGAUUAGGGUUUUCAAAAAUUUGAGGGUUUGUGGCGAUUGUCAUGAGUUCAUCAAAGGUUUAUCUAAGGUUUUAGAGAAAGUGUUUAUUGUUCGGGAUGCUAAUAGGUUUCAUAAAUUCCAGGAUGGGGUAUGUUCUUGUGGAGACUAUUGGUAAUUUAGAUUGUGACUUCUUUCAUAUUCUCGCCAAAUGGAGGAACUUGUGGAUGCUGUGUUAAUGACUUCUGUAUACUCCUGCUUGAAUGGCUUUCAUGAUGAUAUCAAAUGCUAAGAGUAAAAAACUGAAUCUGUAAACAUUGGAAUCACAUGAUUAUUUGUAAUUGAUCGUUGGUCAAAGAAGAUUCUUUGCAGUUCAGCAUUUUCUACCUUGUCCUUCCCAGGCUGAUGCUGUUCUGUAUGCAUAUAAUCAGUGACAAUGAAGGUUUACCUGCCUUUUAUCCAUAUAUUUUGCAACAUAAGGAGCAGAACCUCAAUGUCAUCACUAAAAUCUGUUUCACAAUGGAAAUUCAACAUUGAGCUUUGAGAAGCCAUGAGAAUAAACCCACUGGAGAGAGGCCAUUCUUUACUUAGUAUGAGAUGAUGUAUGUAGAGGUAGAAUUAUGGACAUAGAAAUGGAUGAGUUUGAUAAGAUCAUGCGUAUUAUUAGGUCUCUGCUAGACUGUUGGCAGAAGGAAAUCCGAGUAAUGAACAGAGAAGCUUACACAGAUCUCAUUAUCAUAGACAUGAUCGUAGUUCCCUUAAAAAAUGUGGAGGACCAGCUGCUCUUGUUAUGUGAAGGAACUAAAAAUGUAACUUAUUCAAGAGCAAAUGAUACAUAUAUGGAUCAUCUGCAUGAUGUCUCUAAGAGUUUAAUGUUAGUCGGUGACAGUUUGUAUACAAAUGAAAGAAAGAUAUUGAGACCAAAGG